AUGCAGGAAGAAGUCUCAAAGGAGACGGGGGAAGAAAAUGUACCAACUUUUGAGAGCAGCGCUCCUUGCACUACGACGAGUAGUAGUGACACUGACAGUAGUGUUACUGCUAGUGCUAGCACCUCUCACUCUCAGGCUAAAUUUAAUCAACUAGCCUUAGCAUUCAAAACUGACAAAACAACAGUGGAAAAAAGGUUAGAACUUCAGGGGCACAUCAGAAGUGUGGCAGAAGACAGUAUUCUCAAUGAAAUAGGGGACAUGAAGAAUUCCAUUGAGAUGCUUGGCCUAUUGUGUACUGAUCAGGAAAGUAGAGAUCUGUACAAUGCAGUACAGAAGCAUGUUGAAGUGGUAGAAUAUUCCACUCUUCGUAUGUCAGGACAUGCAGAGCUUCAUGGUGCUGUAAAGCAGGAAUGCAGGCUGAGCAAGGCAGUAGACAGCAUGGUGCAAUAUGUAGAAAACCUGAAGAGGCUGCACGAAAAACUAUCCACAGAAUUGGAUGAAACAAAGAGAAUUUUAAAAGACAACAAGAUCAUGUGUCCUAGUUUAUCAUCAGACUUGGGGGAUUCAGUGUUACUAAGAAGAACGACAACAUUGAAGUUCACCCCGCCCACACACAGGACUAAGUCUUUGCCUUCAUCACUUACUGCUGUUAAUUACAUACCUGUGACUGACAAAAAAGAGGUGAAUGGGCCAAAUGCCAGAAGGAGAGCCAGUGUGGCAGCUUUGCCGAGAAUGCUGGGUGGUACUGGGGGAGUAGGUUUUUCUGCAUCAUCCCCAGUAAGUAAAUGAAAAACUCCUUUGAUAU